UUUCCUGGAUAGGGCGCGUUCCAAACGGCCGGCCAACGGCCACUCACUUCGGCUGGCUCCCGUGCCGCCACCGAUUCCUCCAACAACGCAAAGCUUUGCAAAAGCUCUAGCAGAAAAAAGGGCCAUAAGCAAGAAGAAGCCGAGCAGCAGCAGCAGAGCUUAGCAGCAUUCCAUGGCGAUCUCCUCCGUCUUCCUGCGUCCAUCGCUGUUCUCUUCCCCGCCGGCGGCGGCGGCGGCUUCCUCUCCCCGGCGACAUGCAGCAGUGCUACGCGUCACCUCGAGCAAGAGGAGACCACUCUUCUCAAGGGCGGCGACGUCGCUGACGGUGAGAUGCGAGCAGACGGCGAAGCCAGGCGGCGGCACCGGCGCCGGCGCCGCCGACGUGUGGCUGAGCCGCCUCGCCAUGGUCAGCUUCUCCACCGCCGUCGUCGUCGAGGUCUCCACCGGCGAAGGCCUCGUCGCGAACUUGGGCGUGGCGACGCCGGCGCCGACGCUGGCGCUGGUGGUGACGUCACUCGCCGCCGGCCUCGCCGUCUACUUCAUCUUCCAGGCCGGCUCCCGCAACUGAAGAAACAAACCGAACUGAAUCGCUGAAACAUCCAAGAACUUGACAUCUCAACAUGUUCUUCUCAACUGAUGAUGAGAAUUAAGAUUAUUAUCUCUGGGAUCGGACUAGUUCUUGCAAAUAUACAAGCAUAUAUAGAAAUGAUGAUUGAUGACAUACACAUCUUGUUUGUACUUUGUACCUCUGCUUGAGUCUGCAUCGAUCAGCAACCUACCUUGCUGGCCUGAGUGGCCUACUACCAGCUGCAAUUAUAAUUGAGUUUGUUCAGUUCUGCUUCUGAAAGUC